GCGCUGCCGUUUCGAGGGUGAAGCUGCUGGACACCAUGGUGGACACUUUUCUCCAGAAGCUGGUCGCCGCGGGGAGGAAAAGGAGUAGUGUAUAUAUAAGCCGUGCUGACCAGACAGCGCCUCGGACACAUCUUCCCUCCAAACAUGCGGUAUGCGUGCAGCUGCAGUGAUUCGUUUCUCCAGUGUGGGGAUGACUCAUCACGCUGUGGUGUGCAACUUCAGCCCCAGCUACCAGAGAUUCACUGACUGUUACAAGCGCUUCUACCAGUUGCAGCCUGAGAUGACACAGCGGAUCUACAACAAGCUGAUAACACAGUUGCAGACAUCCAUCCGGGAGGAAAUUUCUGAAAUCAAAGUGGAGGGGAAUCUGGAAGCCGUCUUGAACGCCUUGGAUACAAUUGUAGAAGAAGGCAAAGAUCGAAAGGAGCCAGCCUGGCGCCCUAGCGGGGUCCCAGAGAAGGACCUGCGCAGCACCUUGCUGCCCUACUUCCUGCAGCAGCGGGACGCCCUGCAGCGCCGUGUGCAGAAGCAAGAGGCGGAGAACAGGCAGCUGGCAGAUGCCAUCGUGGCCGGGCGCAAGCAGCUAGAGGAGCUGCAGCUGCAGAGCCGGGCGCAGCAGCAGGCCUGGCAGGCUCUGCAUAGAGAACAGAAGGAACUGUUGGCCGUGCUGCGGGAGCCUGAGUGAGGAGGCCAGACCUAGGAGCAGAGGGCAGUUAAGGUCAAGGGCCUGUGGCCGGCAUGCUGGCUGGGAUGAGCUGCCUCUGGGAACAGCUGCAGCUGGGCCCGUCCCUAAGCAGUGAUGGAACUUGCUGGAGGACCAGGCCUGAGCAGGCCACUGCCCCUGUGGCUUUGGGGCGCCCUCAGAGUCACAUAUUGACAUGACCUUCAGAAUCUACCCGUUUUCUUCUUACGGGAAGACCCUUACCACUCCCUCCCAGGAAUGGGCGCUUGCUUGCUUGUUCUCCUCUAGGUGACCUGCCCCCUCAAGCAUGUGCUUGCCCUGUGGCUUGGAGCCGCCCCAGGACCUGGCUCUUGGCAUCUGGUUUCAGCUUCCAUGAUUGCCCCCUUGCUGGCCAGCCCAAGGGCCAUGUUCUCCCCACAUCCGUAAAUAAACUUCCUCCCCACACUAUAAUCUGUGAGGAUGCUUCCUCUGCCUGGUCCUCUCCCGGGCCAAGACUGCUCCCAUGCUCCAGCUCUGGCGGCUCUCAGUGGCGGCCUUCUCACAGCCUCCGGGAGGGGCAGAUCGUGGGGCUGUCUGGCACCACGUGCAGAAGGCCCAGAACCCUGUCACAGACACCAGGACCCCUGGAUCCCGGAGGCCAGGGGGAUCACUGUCCCUUCAGG